GCAAAACGCCUUGGAGGCGCUUUUACAUAGGACAACGCCUCGCAAUCAUCGUCCAGCCCACGUGGCGGCGCUGCCCUCGGGGCGUUUUGAGUUUUGGAAUCUCACUUUGCUGGCGUUUGAGCGGCGUCCCGCGCGCGUUUCCUGCUCGCGGGGGUGGACAAGGCCAGCACCAGCCAUGUCGUUUUCUUACCAGGAUUCAUUUAACACAAGUAAUAACCAGUUCACUGGCGACUCAAGGCAAGCGGCGUCCAGUUACUCUUCCGAGAGGCCUACGGAUGGUUACAAUUACAACACCGCCGGAUACGGUUAUGGACAAGCAGAUAACGCCUCCGCAAACACAGGUGCCCUGGGCCCUGCAGGUUCAGGCGCACAAAACAGCUCAACUGCAGCCAACCUCUUAAUGCAGGUGGUCAACAUGCUGAAGUCUGAUGGGACACCAGCCGACCAGUCUGCCACCUCUGCCUACCCCACCCAGCACACCGGGGCUGAUUCCUCUAACUACGGGUAUGGGCAGACCAGCCAGUAUGGGCAGACGGAGCAGUACAGCCAGUACGGAACGCAGCAGCAACAGCCGCAACAACAGGAGCAGUUUACACAAUCUGGCCAGUAUGGGACACAGCAGGGCCAGUAUGGCCAGCAGCAGAGCAGUUUUGGCCAAUCGCAGCAGAAUCAGCAGCAGGUGCAGCAGCAAGUGCAGCAGCAGCAGGAUUAUGGGGCUUCGAGCUUCUCGUCUGGCCCCAGCGAUCGCGAGAGCCCCAGCAGAGGUGGCCGAGGUGCCAUCCGUGGGAUGGGCGGGGGCAACGGUGGCAGUGGAGGAGGCCGCGUUGGGGUGGGCGGUCGAGGAGGGGGGCCCGGCCGGGGUGCGGGUGGCCGAGGCGGCCCCGGCAGAGGCAAGUCUGGCUGGUGGGGCCCACCGGGCGGCCAGGGCGGCUGGGCCAACGAAGGCCCCGAGUGGCCGGGCCAGGGUGGCGGAGGAGGAGGUGGAUGGUGGGGGGGCCCGCCCUGCCAGGGGGGGUGGCAAGGUCCCUACGGCCGGGGGUUCCACCCUGGCAGGCGCGGGGGGCCGCCGACGCCGCCGGGCCCCCCUUUCCGUGGCGGCCCUCGCGGGAUGUGGCCCCCGCCUCCCGGGAUGUUAAACCCCCGCGGGGGGAGAGGGUUCGGAUUUAACCCCUUCCCGGGCCGUCCCUUUCCACAGAGGGGAGGCAUGCCCUGGAUGAUGAAUCCAGCAUUGAAGAGGAAGAACUUCAACCAGGGUGGCACCAAGAAGAAGGUGGCUAAGCACGAUAAGGAUAAGUCAAAGAAAAAAGACAGUAAGGUCAAAAUGAUGGAGAAAACCAGCAAGAGACUCAAGUACUACUGCUCGCUGUGCAAGUACUCAAGCAGCAACGAGGAGGAGAUCACCAAGCAUCUGGAGGGUGAGGAGCACGAGAAGGUGCUCGCCAUCGUCCAGAAGCACUUCCCCGACGACAAGUUCGUGGCGCCGUUCCUGCAGGCGAAUUUGUUCAGAAAGGUGAAGAAAACUACCGCUGGCAGGAAGGCCUGGGAGGAGGCCAACAGCGCUCCAUUCAAUUUCAAGGAUCCCUUGGAUGGGAUCGAGCUGUCUGACUGCAUGCGCAAGGCCACCGUGGUGCAAUGCUUGGCCUGCAAGAUGUUCAUCCCUCUGGCUCGGGGCCCCGUCAUAAGCCACAUGCAGUCCAUGAUGCACAUCGAGGCGGAGCAGGGCUACACCGAGGUGAGCGAGCGGCACAUGGUGCACGUUGCGCGCUCCGUCGUCACGAGCCAGAAGAACGCCGUCUACUACGAGCGCUUCAAGAAGGGCGAAGACCCCUUCGUGGACGAAGACGUGGGCAAGGACGACGACGACGACGAGGCGGAGGCCGGGCACGGCGACGAGGGCGAUGAGAGCCACAUGGAGGAGGGCGGCGAGGAGGAGGAGGGGGGGGCGGCCACCGAGGAGGACGGCGCCGCUGCGGGGGAGUCCGGCGAGCACCAGCAAGGAGGCGCUGAUGGGGAAGAAGAGGUGGUGAAGACAGAGGGGCCUGGCGAUGACGAGGAGGUGGCGGAAGGCUUUGCCCUCGAGGGCUUUAACGAGGGGGACCCAGGGGAGAACGGAGCGGAGGGGGCCAGCGCCAUGGAGGGGCAGGACGAGGGGAAUGAGUAAAGGGAGAGUGGGGGGGUGGCGUGCGCUCGUGGCGGGGGGGGGGGUGUGCUGGGGAGCUGCCCACAAGUAGUUGGGGGGCGGGGGGGGAGUGUUACACAGAGUUGGUUGAAACUUUACAGGAAUAAACCGAGCGUGCAGGUUUUUUUUUUGCCUAGCCACUUUGUUAACACUGGCGUGGCGUUCCCAAGGUCGGUCGCGUGUCGAGCGUUUGUUCUCGCGAGCUUUCGUCGCCGCGGGCGUUAAAAGUGAGGAAUCUUAACCGGGGUGAAGUUACUUCGACGCCUGACGAUGCCCACAGUAGUGCGUGGUUUCAAGCUCGAGAGAGGAGACGUGCAAUACGUGGCCUUGUCCAGAAGGCUUGUAUACUUAAAAAAAAGAGUACGUCUGUGGCCGAAUGACCGAGUGCAGUUGUGGCAGUCGCGAAGGGAGGGGCGUGCGUAUGUUCGUUGCGUUGGACCAUUUCUCGUUUAGCGAUCGCCUCGGAAGCGGCAGUUGUGUCAGGCAGUUUGUCAACUAUGUCUCGAUGUUUAGUGAGCGCACGUGGUGCCGACGACUAUUCCCUCGCCCCUCGUAUUUAAGCUUCAAAGCGUGGGGGGUGGGGGGGGGAGCACCAUGAAUUAGCGUUGUACGGUCACAACCGUGGCGACGCCGCUUCCGCCGCAGCACGCGCCAGCCGUGUGUGUGUGUGUGCAGCCCUCCGGCCGCAACCGUCCGUCCCGUCCUUCCUCCCCGUGCAGUUCUCACAAUGUGGUUGUUGGUGUUCUUGGCAAGUAAAGCUUUCGGGCAACAGCGGCGGCUGUUUGAAUUCCACCUAUUUUCAGUGGGGCUCUGUCGUCCGAGAAAACGUACGUGUUUCUAUCGCCGUGUAUUGCAGGUGUACGGCCGGCUAGCUUCUUUGUUUUUCAUGUUUUCUCGUGAUAACCAACCCGAAGACCCUGUGAUGGCAGAUGUGCAGCAUCAUUUACGCGCGACGCACGUCUCCGUAUAUAAUCGCCGCCAGUUUUUUGUGAAAAUUGGGAAAAGGCAUACAAAGUAAAACCUUUGAUUGACGUUCGUAAAGUACAUCUUUUAAAAUAUUUAAGUGACGGAGGAUGUAAUGCCACCCAAAGGAAGGUUUAUUAAAAAGGACAAGGUUUUUUUGUUACUUGGUCUGAAGCCGUUGCUUAGAGAGCCAUUUUUAAACGCAAGUGUGUGAAUUAAGCGCCCUUGAUUGUGCUAUUCCAAUUGAGGGCUGUUUCCCUGUUCUUACUUUUCAUUCAACUCUUGAUAGAUAUGAUUGCAUUUUUUAAUAUAAAGGCAUUUACCAUCUUCCAUUUUGACUUUUCAUUCGGUGUGUGCUGGGUCCGAGUCACUUUGUACAAUUUUAAGUUUCGCCCCAAUGGGUUUUUUUUGCUUGCUGGGGAAUUAUGAAGUUUUUUUUUAUCAGUACAUUUUUUUGCGCUUUUCACACCACGCUUAACAAAUGCUUCCACUCCCAACUGAGCCUGAAAUGGGGGAGGUCGAAUUGUCCGAAAUAAAAUGUAAUUCAUAUACACAGCGGAGAAGCGACCGUCAUUAUUUGCCUGGUGUUUUACGGAGGCUGCCAUAUAACCUGGCUUCCCCCCCCCCCCUGCCCCCCAUUUGCCGUUUUAAUUGCAAGUGUCACGUGGUAGUUUUAAAUGAAUUUGUAAAUGUCUGAUGAUUAACGGUGUGUUUAGUUUUUGCAGAUUUCCCAUCCAAGGUUAAAAUAACAAUAAAAACUGAAAAAUCUAA